UCAACUGAAUCACGAAACCCUCAGCAAAGCAAAGCAAUCGAAUUCUUCUUACCAAAUAUAUUCAGAUCAUUUUAAAUCAACAUUAAACAAUGUCGAUCGUCCCAAGCUUAUUCGGUAGCCGACGCAGCAGCAUCUUCGACCCGUUUUCCCUAGACGUUUGGGACCCAUUCAGAGACUUCCCCAUUUCAUCUUCAUCUGAUGUUUCAAGGGAAACUUCUACAUUGGUAAACGCCCGUGUGGAUUGGAAGGAAACGCCUGAAGCUCAUGUGUUCAAGGCCGAUCUUCCUGGGAUGAAGAAAGAAGAAGUGAAGGUGGAGGUGGAAGACGGGAACAUCUUACAGAUCACUGGUGAGAGGAACGUUGAGAAAGAAGAUAAGAAUGAUAAGUGGCAUCGGGUUGAAAGAAGCAGCGGCAAAUUCACAAGGAGGUUCAGGUUGCCAGAGAAUGCUAACAUGGAUCAGGUGAAGGCGGCCAUGGAAAACGGAGUGCUUACAAUUACGGUGCCCAAAGAAGAAGCAAAGAAACCUGAUGUCAAGUCUAUUGAAAUUUCCGGUUAAAAGAAUAUAUGAAUUUGCACGUUUUAUAGCUUGUCCAUGUGUAUAUUUCUUUUUAGUGU